CCUCCCCUCUUUUUGCGCGUGAGCGGCCGAGAUAACUCUACGUAGUGAUUAAGAGCAGAGUAAUUUUUUAAAAAUUAAUUUUAUAAAGACAAGAGAGCGGAAAAACAACUUUGGGCAGAACGAUGGCUUUGGGCAGAUAGUUGGAAGCAAAACGCUCUCGUGGCAGCUGCGGGGUUUCACAGAGCGCGCGCCGCGCGGGGCAGCAGCAGCAGCAGCGCCACCGCUGCACGAGCCAGACCAGCACUAACCGACAACCAGCAGCCUGUCUGAAGACACUCACCGCGGGGUGUCAGUCCGUCUGAGGCGUGUAUUCGAGGAAGUCCUGGUGGGAAGUGGACCUCAUGCAGAUUAAUGCUAGGUCAUUCUGUGCUGUCUGCAUUCUACCACUCAAAUGCCUGUCUGCCUGUGGAGGAGGUGUAACUAAGGAUUCACACAUUUCAUCAGCUGGCCUGGGCUUCCUGCUGCAGCAGCCACCGCCGCCAUCAUGUUCUGGAAGUUUGACCUGAACAACACCUCCCAUAUUGACCAGCUGCUGGAUCGAGAGGGAGUAACUCUGAGAGAGUUGAUGGAAGAGGAGGAUGUCCUGCAGGAGUGCAAAGCACAGAACCGCAAACUCCUGCUCUUCCUCUCCAAGGAUCACUGUAUGCAGGAGCUGGUCACCCUUAUUACAGAGGAGCCCCCUGCUGACCUGGAAGAGAAAACUCGCUUCAAGUUUCCAAACAUUGCCUGUGAGCUCCUGACCUCUGAUGUGGCUCUUAUCAAUGAUAAGCUGGGUGGAGAUGAAUCCCUUUUGGAGAAGCUCUACCACUUUCUGGAGCAGGAGCCACCCCUUAAUCCCCUGCUGGCGUCUUUCUUCAGCAAAACCAUCGGCAACUUGAUUGCACGUAAAACAGACCAGGUAAUCUCUUUCCUAAGGAAAAAACACAACUUUAUCAGUCUGGUGCUGAAUCACAUUGAUGCCUCGGCCAUGAUGGAUCUUUUGCUGCGCCUCAUCAGCUGUGUAGAGCCUGCCCUCUUGAGGAUGGAGGUCCUCAAUUGGCUGAAUGAAGAGAGACUCAUCCAGAGACUCACAGAGCUCAUGCACACAGGGCGAGAUGAAGAGAGACAAUCUAAUGCAUCCCAGACUCUUUGUGACAUCAUUCGACUUAGUCGAGACCAGGCCAAUCAGCUGUCAGAGGUCACUGAACCAGACCCCUUACUCGCUGUAUUGGAGUCACAAGAGAAUGUGUCGGAGCUUUUGAAGAACAUGUUUGAAGGGGAAAGGACUGAAGCGUCUGUCGUCAAUGGAACGCAAGUGCUUCUUACGUUACUGGAGUCACGAAGGUCAGGGCUGGAGGGUCUGAUGGACCUGUAUUCUCAGGGAUUUGAAAGGUCUUACACUGUCAACAGCAGUAUUUUACGUGCUAUUGAGCCUCAUCUAAAGGACUUCCAGCAGCUCCUACUGAACCCUCCUACGAGAAGUGCAAUACUCACUACAGUGGGCGUUCUGGAGCAGCCCCUGGGGAGCGCCCGCCUUCAUGUGGCCAGACUGGUGGCUUCUCUUUUGCAGACUUGCGAUCUCAGCAUCUGCCAAGAGAUCUGCAGACUCAACACCAUGGACCUGCUGUUGGAUUUAUUCUUUAAAUACACCUGGAAUAAUUUCUUGCACUUGCAAGUGGAGCUGUGUGUGGCAUCCAUCCUGAACCACUCUGCCCAUUCAGACCACCAGAACCCAGGUCUGCAGAACCACGAGGAGAGACCUGCUACAGGCACAGGCAGCCAAGUGAAUGAGGGAACACCGGGCCAGAACAGCACCUCAGACCCAGCAAACACGCCUAUUCAAGAUGCUCUCGUUACCAAUCUCUUCCAGCAUUGCCGGCUGGUGCAAAGGAUUCUGGAUGCUUGGGAGGAAAAUGACAAAAUCCAGGCUGAAGGGGGAAGGCGGAGGGGAAAUAUGGGUCACCUGACAAGAAUUGCAAACACGGUGGUUCAAAACCUGGAGAAGGGGCUGGCUCACUCUCAAAUUAAUGACCUAAUUAAAGAGCUGCCAGAGGACUGCAGAGGCCGCUGGGAGGGUUUUGUGGGAGAGACCCUGAGAGAGACCAACAGGAGAAACACGGUGGAUUUAGUCAGUACCCAUAACUUACACUCAUCUAGUGAAGAUGAUGACAUGGAGAGCCCCUUCCCCAAUGAUCUGUCCAUCCAACAGGCAUUCUCUGAUUACCAGAUUCAGCAGAUGACCGCCAACUUUGUGGAUCAGUUUGGUUUUAAUGAUGAAGAGUUUAGUGAACAUGAUGAAAAUAUCAAUGCUGCAUUCGAUCGAAUUGCUGAAAUUAACUUCAAUAUAGAUGCAGAUGAUCACAGUGCCAAUGCUGCAGCUUUUGAAGCAUGUUGUAAAGAAAGAAUCCAGCAGUUCGAUGACUGUGAGGAAGAGGAGGAUAUUUGGGAUGAAAAAGAAAUAAACUAUGCAACACAAAUCAAAUCCAGAUCGAGGUUCGGGGUGUCUGUUUCUUCAGAUAGUUCACCCAAGAGUGCUGUGAGGAAUGGGGGUGGAGGCCGCGGGUCGGCCUCUGAGGAAGAGGAUGUUGAGGAAGAGGCCACUCAUCAGCAGUCUGCAGCAGCUCAGGCUCAAAAUCCAGGCUGGACGGCGAGUUUUAGCGAAACAGAGGUGAGCUCCUCUAGCGCCUGGGGUGGUUCCCCUCAGCAGGAAGGUGAGGGUCCGCAGGACACAAACUGGGCAUCUUUCACUGAGUUCCAGCCUUUCAGCAGCACAGAUUCCAGCCAGACUGAGGGACAACCUCAACAAGGCCAAGAGAAAAAAUUGGCUGGCAGUGGUUCGGCUACUGGAGCGUGGGAAGGAAAUCCUGGGCAAAAAGCCCCUCUGGUGGCCUCAGACAGCAGCUCGUCUGGAGGCUCAGACAGUGAAGAGGACCCUGGAGAAAAUAAGACAGAGGGUUCCCCUAAAACACCUGCCAACCAGACAACAGCACCCAUGAGCGAGGUGCCUACUGAAGCUCUGGAGAAGCUCAGCAUCACAGACAAAAGUGAGUCUUCAGCGCCUACAGAAGAGUCGGAUGCCACCACUGUGACGGAGAUGAGAGUCGAAACACCUUCUUCAGCUGAGAUCACACCUAACGGACCGGUCUGAAGGCUCUGGAUAGGAGUCUGACCCAAUCUCCGCCUCUUCCAUUCUGAACCCCCAAACCUCAAUACCACUUUUGGUGUUUAAAUAAAGAAUGCUGCCAUGUUAUUGGUCCUGGAUACUGCCAAUCAGCCCAUAAUUGGAGGAGGAAGCCAGGGGCAUAUAACACAAACCAGUAACCAGUACAGUGCUCAGAGGUGUUAGUCUUUUAAUCCUUUCAACUAUGUAUGAGAUAUGCACAGUUUUAAAUGUAGCAGUGACCGUGUGAUUACAGGAUCUGUCAGGACUUCUUUUUUUUCCUCGGUUUGUGUCCCUUCCUUAAGUUUUCUGGAUUCGUUUUUUCGCUCUCAGCCUUGGAUGGUAGGAAACAGGGAUGUGAAGGUCCUAAUUGGAAAGCACAGGCUCAUCCUUCACGGGAUAAUGUUUGGAACAUCCUCAUGCAAAAUCGAAAGCCUUGUUGUCUGACAACAGCCUCUGCAACAGUUUACUGUAUGUUGAAGCACAACUGAAAUGUUCUGUAAUGCUUGUCACAUUUCAGCGCAGGUCACCGCUCUGCCAAGUACACUUUUAAGAUGAUAAAAAAGAAAAAAACCUUAUUAUGGCCUAAUCUUAUUAAAUCAUGUAUUUGAAUGUUCUGAAGUGCUUUGGGGCGGAAGUGAAUGACUUGAUACUCUGACGUGGUGUCCACAUUGGCACUAAUGUUUAGCCAUUUAAUUUAAAUUUGCCUCAUUUGGAAACUAGACAUUAAUGGUGGGGGUGUGCCUAUUUGAUUUUUUUGGACUUUUUCAUUGCAUGCAAAACAUUAUUUAUCAUGCAUAUACAAGCAGCGUUUUUUUUUUUUUUUUUUUUUUUUUUUUUCUUUUCUUUUCUUUUUUUUUCUUCCGACAAAGUUCUAGGUAGGUUAAGACCUUCUGAUUGUAUUAAAUUACAUUUGUCCAUUUUUUUCCCCUCCCCUCAGAUCAACUGAACAGCUUCUACUUAAUUUUCUAGUGCAUUUCUCAAGCUUUCCAAAAAUUGAAUCAUGGGUUUAAAGCAAAAAGCUUAAAGUAAUCAUAAUAACCUUUGCCUUAAGUUACAAAUCCUUCAAAAUCCCUGUAACAGGAUAGAAGGGUUUGCCUCAAAGCAGACAGGCUUUUUUUUUUUUCUUUCCUGUUUUUAAAUGUCAGCUAGUCUCUAAAAAACUGCCCCCCAAAAUGUUAUUUGUAUCCCUGUCCAACACCAAUGCAGCAUGUUUUUUUUCCCCCAGAGGCCAAAAAAAAACUCUAGUAUUGUAUGCCAUAUGAAAUACUCCACAGGACAGUGUUAUGCAGCUUUUUUUUUUCUUUUCUUUUUUAAAAUCAGAACUCUUGAUAUAUGCUGUCAGAAAGACUUUUUGAACUCGUCUCAGAACCUUCCAGUAGCUCUUGUUGGAAAAACCAAGAUCCAUCUCUUUUAAUAUUUCAUCCUGAACAUCAUGUGUUUUCUUUUUUUCCCCCUCCGGGAAUUCACAUUUCACGUAUCAUAUCUCUGCAAGCUUACUAUGGUACCAAAUCUGUUGGAUUACAGGAUUGGGAUAUUGCAUUAUUUAUUUUGCACUUAUUGAGGUGUUAGUGUGGAGAUCUGUUCUCUCAUCAAGCGUUGGAACGCCGUGUAUUUUUUUAAUUAGAUUUUUUCUUCGCUCUUCAUGAUCUUUGCCUCUGGAGUAUAAAUCCUCCUUUGACUCUCAUUGCUUCUUAUAUCUAUGACAUGUUCAAAUAGGUUUGUUUCCAAAGCCAAAAGUGUGUAUUUGCCUUUUUCUUCAACUGUUAAAAAAAAUCUUAUUUUUAACUUUAACCAAUAUUAUUUUACAUAUUGUAGAGAUUCUAAUUUAUGUGAUCUUCAGCAACCAAAAUAUUGCUCUGUUCAAUUCAGUUCAUGUGUCUGGACUUUCUGUACAUUUACAGCUAUAGUUUGAGAGUAUGAAGCCUUGCAUUAAUUUAUCGAGGCAAGAGAAGCAUGUUACAAAACCAGAGAUAUUGAACAGAUUAUGGCUGUAUUAUUGUUUUUUUUUUUUUUUUUUUUUUUUUUUUAAAAAAGCUGCAAAACGUUUAUUUUAAUUUUAAUAUGACUGUUCCGGGUUCGAUUCUAUUUAUUACAACGUAAAAUAAUUUUGACUCGUUCCUUUACUUUAAGACGUUACUCUGGAAUAAACUUUUAAAUUUUCUGUAUCUAAAUUAAAGUUUUAGAUGUUAUUUGGAUUUUAAUUAUGUUAAUAAGGGCCAAGUGUGGCGCCCCUGUGGAAUACUUGAUUCUGAUUGGCCAAUCGCUGUCGCAAGUACGCUCAUCCGGGUAACUGAAUCCGCUCACUUUCCUGUCAUACUAGAACAUAAAUGGCGCCCUCUUGCGUCUCUGUUAUCACUUGUAGAAAAAAUAAUAAUUCAGGUACAGAGAUUUUAAAUAUAUAUUUAUUGUUCGCGGGGUUUUUUCCCCCCUCACUGAUAAAUAGCGAGUUAGACCACAACCACGUCUUAAAUAUAACUCGUUUUGUGUUCAAUGGAAAACUGAAAGAGGUCGAAAUUAUUCUGUGGUAACUGACAGCAUCGAACCUGGAACAUUGUUUGUACAGCUGUACAAGUCCCCUACAGUUCUCUCCCGCUCGAAUACAGUGAGCUUGAUUGGAUUUCAUGCACUUGUAAAUAGAGGUUCUAUAUGUCCUUGCCAUAAUAAUAAUGCUGGGUUUGAGCAGGUGGAGGGGAAGGACACCUGCAGGAUGAAUGAAUUAACAGUUAACGUUACCAUGUUUCAGUCAGAGCACUUCCGGCUAGUCAUUAGAAUUAGUAUAAUGAGACAAGGAGUUUGUCAGAAUUUAAGGUAUUCAUUGAUGGCAUAAAAAGUAGUUCUCAGCACAUUGACAUUUGUAUAGACUGGGUCUGUACAUUAUAUUGUUGCCUACAUCAGUACCUAUAUAUUUUGAUAUUUUCAGAAUGGAAUAAACCUGUUAUUGAAAGAAAUGAUUUUCAGCAGUUACGCUGGCGGGGUGAAGUCUGCCAUUGCUUUCUUGUGCAGCUGUGUACUUUGAAACCUUCUCUGGUCUUUUCUUAGGCUAAUGAGAGCCGAAUGGACGCCUUCCAAGAAUCUACAGACUCCUUUAUAAACACAUGUACCAUUUUGGAUGUGUGUAUCAUGCUUUGAUGAGGCAGAACAGAUGCUAGGGUUAUUAUUGGGGGCUCCCAGCCUUAAUCUAAACAGAGGUAAGACAAAAACCAGGAGUGAAGGCAACAACCAUUUACUCAGCUUCAUUUUAAUAUCAAACUUUUAUUUUUGUUUUGUUUUGUUUUUCUACAAAAAAAAAAAAACUAGAGCCAUUACAAAAGACUCUGCAAUCACAAAAUACACAGUUUACUUGAUUUAAAUUUAAUUAUGACUACAUUAAUCCUCAAAACAGCUUUACACAUUAAGGCCAUGCAACAUCGAUGAUUUCAAUCAAAACUCUAGAAAAAUCUAGACAAAAUCACUUGGGAUAUUUAAGUGUGGUAAAUAAGGCACAUAACUGGUCUUCUUAUAAAAAAAAAAUAAUAAUAAUCCACAACUUCACAGUUAAAAUCGUGCAGGGAAUUAUAAAAUCAUUGACUUUGCAUUAUAAUUCCUCAUUAAUUAUGGGACAUUUUACUACCUGGUAGGAAAGGGCAUACUCUUGACACUGCAGAAGGCACAGUUAGGAAUAAAAUCAGUUACUGUUAAAUAUUCAUUGCUUGCUAUGAACACUAAUGUUAUGUGUCCCAACUGACUAUCAACACAAUAACUGAUGGAAAUCUUUUGAAGUCCCUAUUUGUAACAACAUUACCAAACGCUAAGGAUAAAUGGCACAAAACAGGACACAGUAGUUUAAACAGUAGAAAGUCAAAACCUAAGACAAAUCAAUAACUCUUCGCACACCAAAAAUAUGGGAUUAAAAAAAAAAAAAAAAAGAUUCUUCAUUAUCUACCUUCAGGAA